AUGUGGGGAUUUGGUGGUAGAUACUAUUGGGGAAGAAAGGUGGAUUUUGAGAAAGCGAAUGGGAUAGUUGUGGUGUUCGCUUGGAUGUCAAGUGAGGAGAAGCAGUUGAUGAGAUAUGUGGAUCUUUAUGCUUCUUUUGGAUGGAAUUCAAUUAUCUGCCACUCUAAAUUUCUCAAUAUGUUCUUCCCUGAUAAAGCCACAAUUCUUGCUGUUGAUAUUUUAAAUGAACUCGUUGAGGUGCUGAAAAUUAGGCCGUGUCCCAUUGUCUUCGCAUCUUUUUCUGGUGGUGCAAAAUCUUGUAUGUUAAAGGUUCUACAGAUAAUUAGUGGGAAGUCUGAAACACAUAAUAUGGAUGAUUACCAGCUUGUUAGAGACUCUAUUUCUGGCUAUAUUUAUGAUUCCAGUCCAGUUGAUUUUACCAGUGAUAUAGGCGUCCGAUUUGAAUCCCACCGUGCAGAGUAUUGGCGAACACUUUACUCCACCACUAGUAUGCAGGUCCCAUAUCUCAUUUUUUGUUCAGAAAAUGAUGAUCUUGCUCCUUUUGAAGUCGUUUCAAAUUUUUUCCAUCGACUAAAAGACCUUGGCGGAGAUGUCAAGAUGGUAAAGUGGAGUUCCUCUCCUCAUGUAGGUCAUUUUCGUUAUCAUUCUGAUGAAUACAAAGCUGCUAUCGACGAGAUCCUUGGCAAGGCAGUCGCAAUUUAUAAUCACAAGAACAGAAGAAUUGAAGACGAGAAUCUGGGCAUAGAGGGAAUAAGAAACGAGAUCGCCGAUCCGUUCUCCGAACUGAGGAAAGCAGCAACAACCUCAACUAGUUUCCAGGGUUUUGUUGUUGCUCCAAGUGAGAAUUUGUCUCCUGGUUCACUGGAGUAUUACGACGGUAAAGAUGUUGGGUCCGUAUCAGAUGAGCGAAAAGGAAGUUUUAUUCAUCUCCCAAGCCGCCCAAGCAUCAAUGCUAAUGGGGUUCUUGGCCAAAUAUUGUUUGACGUAUGUGUCCCCAAGACAGUUGAGGAUUGGGAUGUCAGAUCGAAUUUGAAAAAUGCGGGACUAUUAUCCGGUACUAGGAGACACAUUCCUUUCAAUCCUAUAAAAUGCAUCCGACGGUCAAGGUUGUAA